AUGUCGACAAAAUUUUUGCUGUUAGCGACUCAUAUCAUCUCAAUCACAACAAUUUCACAUCUUGUGAAUAAGAUAGUUCCUAGUCCGUAUAUGGAUGAGGUUUUUCAUGUUCCGCAAGCACAAAAUUAUUGUGAAGGAAAAUAUUCAGAAUGGGAUCCAAAAUUAACGACGCCUCCAGGACUAUAUAUAAUUAGUAACAUAAUAAUAUAUCCAAGUUAUGUUACAAGAUUAGUAGACUUUUGUUCAAUAGAGCUCCUCCGUGCAACAAAUCUUCUUUUCAGCGCCGGAUCAUAUGUCUUACUUUGGAGCAUUUUGAAUCACCUUCAUCCAUAUCAAAAUUCCAAUGCGAGGGCUGUCAACGCCCUUUCUCUGUCGAUGUUUCCUAUAAAUUGGUUUUUUAACUUUUUAUAUUAUACAGAUUCGGGGUCAACCUUUUUUGUACUUCUGGCUUAUUUAUUAGCUUUAAAACGAAAACACUGGAAAAGUGCAGUGGCCGCUGGUGUGAGUGUUUUCUUUCGACAGACGAACAUCAUAUGGGUAUUAUUCAUCAUGGGAGUAUCAAUGGUUGACACACUGUCAGAUAAUGAUAAUUUGCAUAUUCAUGGUUCACUACGAUCCAUAAAGGGGGCUGAUGUUACCUUUAGAACGGCAUUUCGAGAAAUAGCAAAUUUCACAAUGAUGGCAAUAAGAAAUUUUAAGCUUCUAGUGCCAAUAUAUUUUCCCUAUGCUUUCGUUUUUUUAGGUUUUAUAGCAUUCAUGAAAUGGAACGGUGGUAUUGUUUUAGGAGAUAAAUCAAAUCACAUAGCAACUAUUCAUUUUCCUCAGAUAUUUUAUUUUAUAUCAUUCGCUGCCAUUUUCUCUGCGUCAGUUACGCUGAGACACAACCAUACCCGAACGUUAAUUAGCUUGGUAACUCUUAAGAAGGGCCUAGGGAUAAAGUUAAUUCUUACAAUGUCGGUCAUGGCUUUAUUGAUCUAUCUUUACACAUAUGAGCAUCCGUUCCUGCUAAGUGAUAAUCGUCACUACACAUUUUACAUUUGGAAGAAUAUAUAUCGUAAACAUAUAAUAGUUAGAUACCUAUUAAUACCUGCGUAUCUGUUUGCGGGAUGGGUCUUGUGGGAUUCUAUAG